GAGUCCCGAGCAGAGCCGCGCCGCGCAGCAGAGCCCGAGCACCGCCGACCGGGUCCUUCACCGUCGGAUUACCGUUUUCUCUCCGUCCGAGCAGACCUGCGCUCUAAUGCAGCUCGGUUCUUCUCCGUGACUCCUUCGCCAUGAGCUGCCUGGAUGUGAUGUACCAAGUGUUCGGUCCUCAGCCGUAUUUCAGCUCCUACAGCCCCUAUCACCACCAGAAACUGGCCUUGUAUACCAAAAUGCAAGACCCCCAGGACAGUGGCAGCCGGCUCGGCCCCCCCGGCCCCCCGUCCAUCAAAGAGGAGGACAAGGAGCUGCCGCCCGGAGCCGAGUACCUGAGCUCCCGCUGCGUCCUCUUCACGUACUUCCAGGGAGACAUCAGCGCCGUGGUGGACGAACACUUCAGCCGAGCCCUCAGCCACACAACCGCGUACCCUGCCGCAAGCAGCCACAAGGCCGUCAGAGAUGGAUCAUUCCCGAUGAGCCAGAGAAGUUUCCCUCCGUCUUUCUGGAACAGCUCCUACCAGCCGUCGGUGUCCUCCACGCUGGGCGGCGCUCUGACAGCCCCCCACACAGAGCUCCCCUUCCCCGGGGACCCGUACUCCUCUGCCUCCCUGCACAGCCACCUCCACCAGCCCAGCCCCGACUCCUGGCACCCAUCCCACCACCACCACCAUCACCACCACCACCCGUACUCACUAGGGAGCGCGAUAGGCAGCCAGGGCUCAGCCUAUCCGCGUCCAGGGGUUCACGAGAUGUACGGCACGGCGUUCGACCCGCGCUACGGUUCUCUGUUGGUGCCAUCGGUGAGGCCUCAUCACCGGCUGACGUCCGCCAGCUCGGUACCGGGACCCAGCGCCUCGCCCUGCGACCUGGGAGGGAAGGGGGACUCAGGGACGGGGUCGGCCUGGAGCGGCGCCUUCACUGGAGCCGGAGCAGAGAUGGGACUCAACAUGGACACAGCUCGUUGUUACGGAGGACUUUGCAGCAGCGGUACAGCCCUGCUGAGCUGAAAGCCGACAGUCUGGAUACAAAACGAGCGCGGACACAAACGUGAACUCACGGAAGGAGACCCGAGAGACUCUGGCCUUGACGGAUGUGGACAAAAAACAAGACUCUUUGUGCUCCUGUAACAGGCAGGGACAACAUUCCUAAACUUGAAAAAGUCUGGGGACAGACGGACAGAGACAUGUGCUGUCAAACUCCAAAAACAAGCGCUUGAAGGACUUGGCAGGACUUGCCUCACUGGGACAACUGGACAACAGACGCUGGGAGUGUUGUGGCUGGAGGGGAGGCUGUGCUGGGGUCGAGGCGGCCGCACACCGGGAAUUUGGCAGACUGUGAAGAGAGGAGGAGUCCAAACACUUUGGUUUACACGGAGUAUUGGUUCAAUGUUAACUGGAAAAAAACACUGUCAGUAUUUUAUGGCACUGUACAAGUUAAAUUAAACAGUUCUGACUGAUUACAAAAGAUAUUUAAGUAAAGAUUUCGCAGCGAGAAACAGCUGUUCAACAACUUCACAGCAAUUCCACACCGUGUGGAAGCAGGUUUUGAGCAUAUUGGAACAAGACAAUGUGUCUGACAAAAAGUCAGUAAGCAUAUGAAAUUAUAUAUAAAACUCUUGAUUUUUGAGUGUGCAGUUGAUGUUCGCCAUUGUCCCACAAUGCAAUGCACAAAACAAAUGGAGGGACAGCUGCAGACAGCUGCAAAAACGGGUGAAACAGCUCCAGGAUGUCUUAGAAAACAGAAAAUAAUUAUUAAGUCUUUGUUUUUUUUCUCUUUGUGAAUUUUAAAUUGGCAGUGGCAAAGUCACAGUUUGACUGACAUGCAUUUGGGGCAUUUACUUCUUCCUUUCCUGUUAGGACAUUUGAGUUUAGUGAUUUCUGGCAUGCUGAGUUCCCAAAUUAGAAUUUGCAUAUACAGUAAAGUAGACCAUAUGGAUACUGUUUACAUGUAGCAUGGAAUUGGGACACACUUCUCAGUAGGAUGUUACAAUGACUGGGGAGUCAGCAUGGAUUUAGUGAUUUGAGAGUCAAAUAAGAAAAUUAAUAAACAUCAUUUUUGAUUAUCAGUUAAUAAUUAAAGUAAUUUAUCAGGGAUUUGUUGUUUAAAGCCUCUUGAAUGUGAGGAUUUGCUGAUUUACUCUGUUUUAUAUGACUGAAUAUUUUAGUCAUACAAACCAAGCAAUUCAAAGAUGUCACCUUGGGUUUUGGGAAAUUAUGACGCCAUUUUUACCCUUUGUUUUGGAUUGAUUAAUAGAUAAUUGCAAAGACAGUGACUAAUUUAGGAACUUUCCAUGUGGUUGGAAAACAAUUUUAUAUGCACAUUUUAAAACACUGAAGCAGCUGAAUAAUGAUUCAUGUUGAGUGCCAUCCACUUCUAUUUAAUGUAAAACGUUUUGACGGGCUAAAUUGGGUGAACAGAGCCUUUAAGCUACUGCAGAUACAAUGAGGAUGGGGAUUUUUAAUGAGAACAAUGCUUUCUGGAGCAAAUGCCUUUACAUCUCUUCACUUACCUGCAGAUUGGACUGUGUUAAUCUCUUUGUUUGCAGCAGAAUUAUGAAAUGUUAUUUUAUGCCAAAAGCAGAAAUCCUCA